GGCCCGGGGGGGAGGAGUAGACAGUGAUUAAUGCACCCACUGUGAGAGCUUGUCUUCUAUUUAAUGGAGGGUCUCUCUGCCCAGGGGAAGUCAGAGCCAGCUUCAGGACCAGCAGGAGGAUGGCGGAGAAUCUGGGGCUGGGCUUCGGGGAAACAGCCAGUGUGGAAAUGCUGCCCGAGGAAGGCAGCUGCACACCCAAGGCCAGAGCCAGGCUGGCAGCCAGGAGCAGCAUGCGCUGGGCUCUCACCUGCUGCCUGGUAUCGCUCCCCAUCCUGGCAGGACUCACCACCUACCUACUCGUGGGCCAGCUCCGGGCCCAAGGAGAUGCCUGUGUGUUCCAGACUUCAAAAGGGCAAGAGUUUGGACCCUCACAUCAGCGAGCUUAUGCAAUUUCCGGAGCUGGUGGGGAUAAGCCAAGGGCACACCUGACAGUUGUCAGACAAAGUCCCACACAGCCCUUGAAAAAUCAGUUUCCGGCUCUGCAUUGGGAACAUGAACUUGGCUUGGCCUUUACCAAGAACCGGAUGAACUACACAAAUAAAUUCCUGGUGAUCCCAGAGUCAGGAGACUACUUUGUUUACUCCCAGGUCACGUUCCGAGGAACCACAUCUGAGUGUGGUGAAAUCCACCAAGUGAGCCGACUGAACAAGCCAGACUCCAUCAUCGUGGUCAUCACUAAGGUAACAGACAGCUACCCAGAGCCGACCCAGCUCCUAAUGGGGACCAAGUCCGUGUGUGAAGUAGGGAGCAACUGGUUCCAACCCAUCUACCUAGGGGCCAUGUUCUCCUUGCAGGAAGGGGACAAGCUGAUGGUGAACGUCAGUGACAUCUCUUUGGUGGAUUACACAAAAGAAGAUAAAACUUUCUUUGGAGCCUUCUUGCUGUAGGGGCAAGGCAGGCAUCCUCGUGUGAAGGUCCUCUGCCUCCUAGUUCCUAAUUUUCUUCACUCAUACGUAAUUAUAAUAAGGUUUUUGUUUUUGUUUUUGUUUUUGUUUUGGAGCAUUCCACAGAAACGGUGGCUUAGCUAUGAAAUUGGAAGCCCGAAAUUUCAUACUUUAUAUGCCUUAUGGAUGAGAAUCUUAACCGGAAAAAGGCAGAACAGAGCAGACACAUGACCUUGGUUGCUUGGAAAAGGGGUGGGUUUCUAAACACUGACACACUGAUCACCAAAUGAAUGGAGGUCUACUCGGAACACUUCCACCCCUUCGUACCACACAUCGGUCACCAGUGGGCCCAAUUAUUGUGGGAUUUGAUCAUGAAACAUUUGCUUCAGUUCAGGGGCCCUUGAACAAAAUCCAGAGCCCUAGAAAACAGUAUAAACCCUAGAGCAAAAUCCUUCAUCAGUGUCUCCAAACAUAUACUUUAAUGCCUUGUCUUAAAAAAAAAUGAAAAGAGGACUGGUAUUUCUCAUGAACAUGAAAGAAAGAAAGAAAGAAAGAAAGAAAGAAAGAAAGAAAGAAAGAAAGAAAGAAAGAAAGAAAGAAAGAAAGAAAGAAAGAAAGAAAGAAAGAAAGAAAGAAAGAAAGAAAGAAAGAAAGAAAGAAAUUGGUUUUCAUGCCAUCUAUGGCAAAUGAAAAAAGCAACCCCUCUUUUUAUUCUGUGCACAGGCAUGAAAACCAGCAAGUGUGAGUUCCACAUGUAUAUCAAAAAUACAACAAUAGCAUUUACUCAGCACAGUUUACUUGAGUACCUUUUACGUUCUGGGUACUACCUUUAUCCAGAAGAUAAGAAGAUAUGAAGAAUAAGACAGACUCUAUUCAAAACUUAAAUGAAUUCCACUCCAUGGCUCCUCGUCAAAUAUCAUUCAACGUACUCCAACAUGCUUGGACUAACUCCAAGUCCUUAAAAAAUAUCUCAUCUGACACUAGUAUGUAAGAUUUCUGAAGCUCUCCGGACACUAUAAGAUAUCCAGCUGAUGAGGUCACUCAAGAAACUCGAAGACAGAUUUCUAACCAACUAGACCAGCUCUACAGCAAACCUGAUCAACGCCAAGAGACAGCAGACUUAC